UCUAAAUGGGCUCGUAUCGUCCUUAUUACCGGAAAGUGACGCUUGUAGAAAAACUAUUUCUAUAAAAAUUUCUUACCAAUUUACAAAAAAUUGAUCUAGUUUAAUUGCUAAACUCAGAAAAUGUCUACUAGGGCAAGGGUUAGUGCAAGGCAAAAGAAAAUACAAGAAGUAAAACAGGAAAGUGCUUCCAAGCAAGAAUUACAAGAAGAAACAUCGAAAGUUCCCGCGGUUGUAAAAGAAAAUAAGAAGGAAGAGUUAAAAAGCGAAAACAAAGAUGAAUCAUGGAGUAAUAAUGGCGUCGGUGAAGCUGAUGGAGACGGUGAUACUAGUAUGAAAGAAAAUGAAAAUGAUGAAGAUUCUCAAGAAAAUGAUGGAGAAAAUGAUGUUGAUAAAAAUGAAACGGUGGAAAAUGAGGAGCACGAGGAUGAUAAAGCCGAAGUUGAAGAAGCUAAAUUGACACCUGAGGAAGCAGAAAAGGCAAAGGAAUUUAAUAAAGCUGUUAGUGAAAGCAAUAUUGAUGAAAUGUCCCUUGAUGAUAUUCUUAAACUGAAAAUUAAGCUUAAAGAUGGGAGUGAAAACUAUUUAUUUUCUCGUGGUCCAAAAUAUUCGGAAGAGAAAUGGCCAUUGAAUUGUCACUUAUGCCGUUUGGGAAAUUUAUUUACGGAAGAACAUAUACGCCACCAUUUAAAAGGAAGAAGUCAUGUGAAUAAAUUAGUGAACCGGCUUCCUAUACCUAAAUACUAUAAUGAACCGUUUUUCACCUCAGUACCGAAAGAAUUUGAAAAUGAUAAGCCUAUAAAAAUAUUCCCAGGCGAAGUUGUAGAAGAAAUUAAUGAAGAAAACCAAGAUCGUGUCGUUAAAGCUGAGGAAUUUGCUGCAAAAGAACCUACGGAUGAAAAACUUCUUCGUAUGCUUCAGAAAGAGCAUUUGCAUGAAUAUAAUAGCAAAUUGCCAUUACUUGGUCUAUGUUAUAUAUAUAAAAUGAUGGGUUUUCGUGGAAUUACUUAUUAUUGCACACUUUGCAACACUAAAAUAGAAGAAGAAGCAUUCCAGCAUAUUGUUGGCAGUGACCAUCAACUAAAAUAUAUAAAUCGUCAUUUUCCUAAAUUAUAUGAAAGAGUGAACAACGCCUUGAAGGAAAUAAGAGGUGUUGAUCAUAGAUUUUGCAUUCGAAAUAUUUUUCGAAAAUUUUAUCGUAAAAUAGAAAAUGUCAAAGGUCUGCGAAAAAUAACAAUCUGUGACGAUGAAGAUUUCUUCAAACACAAAAAGCGAUAUUUGUUGAAAACACGAUUUGAUGAACAUUAUGGUGAAGAUACGAUAAUACUUACAGAUCAGGAAAUUGAUGUUUUAAUUCGAAAAGUUAGAAAUGAAAUGCAAUUCAUAAAACCAGAUUUAAUUUCUUUGGAAAAUCCACAAUUAGGUUAUCGCAUGACUUUUAACGAUGAAAGAGCUGGAGAGCAAAUAUUUGAUGACAUGAUGGGUAACCGUGGAAGUAAUUAUGACAAUUAUGGUGGAGGAUAUGAUGGUGGUGACGUAUGGGAUAAUUAUUUUCAAGUACUUGAGCGAGAAAUCGAGGACUUGAAUCGACAAUAUCGUAACUAUGAUCGUUUUCCAAGAAAACAUCCAAAAUAUGAAGGCGAAUACAGCAAAUAUGACCAAUACAAACAAGGUGGAAGUUCAGAUAAAAAAGAGUUCAAUAUGCCUUGGAACACAUUUUGGAAACGACGUUUACGCGGUUUAUAUGAGACUGAUUUGAGUAAACGUAAACAACGUAUCAAACGUCAACUUGGUUUGCGUUUUAAUGCACGCACACCAAGUCCACCACCUAGACGUGGAGGUUACAGUAAUUAUGGAUUACAAGGAAGCUAUGGAGGAGGUGGAGGUGGUUAUGGUAAUAAUUAUGGGAAUCAGGCUGCUGUUGCUGGUUUAAGAGAAUUAAUGUCAAUGAUGAAUAAUCAGCAAGGCGGCGGUGGUGGAGGAUAUGGUAAUAAUUAUAAUGCACUUGGUGGAAAUUAUAAUAGGGGCGGCUUAUCUGAUAUACCACCACCACCAGCACCACCACCAUCUCAACAAAAUGAACCUUUGGGUGUUAUUUCGGUUUUGAGAUUGUUUAAUGCUCUUGAAAAUCAAUUGGGAAGUUUGGGCCCUCAAGCUGUUCAGCUUUUAAGCCGAGCAGUUAUUGUUGAAAAGAAUGGGCAAAAUCCAAAUGAUUUAAUGAUGGAAAGAGAUUUUUAUAUAUUUUUUGUAACGGCACGUGAAAAACUAAAAGGACAGUAUAUUGCAAACACAAUACCAACACAGCUAAUGAGCGCUGCCAAAAACACUAUCCAGGAUUGUACAACACUUAUUGAAAUGUUUGAAGAUUUUUGUAAGAGAUCUGGAAAAAAAUUACCAGAUACAUCAGAAACCAACGUCCAGAAAUCUUCAAAUCAAUGGAAAUCAGAUCAGGGAGGAAAUUCCACCACAUUUGAUAAUGACGAUUUCUUUAUUGGAGGUAAUACUGGAGCUUAUGCGAGUAGUAACAACAAUGACAACCGCGGUUUCAAUAAUAAUAAUGCUUCAUAUGGAUAUUCUACGGGUGGAUAUUUGACAGGCGGGUAUUCUACCGGAAAUAAUGGUGGAAGUGGUUUUAACCGAAAUCAGUCAAAUUCUAGAUGGAAUUAAACUUUUCGUUGUUUAAUUUUUUUAUAUAAAAAAAUUUAUAAUAUUUUCACAUCAUCUCUCUAGAAUUUUAGAUUUGUGACAAGGGAGACCAAAUUUAAUGAGAAAAGGAGAAAUCAUAAAAAUUAUAAAAUAACACGUAACUGUGCAUAAGUCUUUGUAGUACUACUAUAUUAGUCUCAUUUAAUAUUAUAUAUAUUUUAAGAGUUUUGUAGUAUAUAAGAACAAUUAAAAUAACUAAAUUGCAAUUUUAAUUAGUUAAUGUUUGUGAAGAUGUGUAUAACGAGAUAAAAUAUAAAUGAUAAUUUUACCAUGGACAA